AAGCACAAAUGUCUGCAGGCGUCCGCCAUAAUGUUUCCUUCGAAACGAAAUAUACUUCUUAUUGCUCUUCCAAUCGCUCUAUUCGCUAUUCAAAAUGGCGACCGUGUGGCGGACACAGUGCGCAUUUGCGCGACUUUUUGUUGGAAAAAGUGGACAAAUCUUGAACAACGCAACUGAUUUGGGUACAAGAAUUUCCCCAGAAUCACUACCGAGCUUAACAAGAAAUUAUUCAAGUUACUCUAAGUCGCCAUUUGUUAAUAAAAUUGUAGAACAAUAUGACUAUGAAGUAGUAAAGAAACCACCGGAAUGGAAGUACGUCGAGAGACUUUUACCUUUCAGUACAAUUCCUUCAGUCACACCCAAACAGAGCUACCCCUCGGGAUGGGUACCGCCAAAAGAAGAAGCUAAAGAUCUUCCAUACUUCAUUCCAAGAGAUAAAAAUCAUGAUCCUCCCAUAUAUUUGAAAAUAACUUACAGGGGUAUGCGAAAAAUAUCGUGUAUUAAAAAGAUAGAGGGCGACAUCUGGAUGAUGAAUAGCGAAUUAAAGGCUUACUUGAAAAGCAAAAAUAAUAAAUACAUAGAAACUAGAGUUCAUGAAUUAACUAAAUCUAUUGAGACUAAAGGUGAUUAUGUUAAUGAUUUACUUCAAUGGGCUUAUUCGAAAGGAUUUUAGAUUAAAAUGUAUGAUGUAUGUACGACGU